GAGGGUCUGUUGGGGAGCGGGGUUGAGAGCCCCGAGGUUGCUGGGCGGAUUCUCCCUCUCCCAGCUGGAGGCUCUGGCUGGCUCCUCGCUGCACUUUCCUCCCGAGACCACGUGGUUUGGGGGUGUGACGCUUUCGGGGGUGCGGGACCCACUGGCCGAGUCCUUCCUCCCUAGAACCUCCAAGGUGUUUAGGCGCAGAACUCCCACGGACUGACGGGAAUUAGGCACCUAAAGACCUUUGGGGAUCGGAGCCCUGGAGACUUUUUUGUUUUAAUGGCAGCUGAGUCUCUGCACUGGCUAAGUCGGUGAUUUGCACGGGGGUGUGUGUGCAGUGGGGAGGGUUACUAACGCCUCCUUCCUCUUCCUCUCCUGGCAGCUCUCUCGAGAAUGUCCUGGAGCGAUAUCCUGUACCCUGGCAACCCAGCGAGGCGGGAGGAGGUGGUGCGGUUACACCAGGACCUGAUCAACUGCAUAGAGCUCAAUUUUGAUACCACCAACGAUCUGAUUAAAGCCUUAAACACACACUGUCACUGCGAGUUGCACCCCAUUAAGAUGAACAAGAACGGCACCGUCCGGGAGAACUGCGACGUACUCCUCGCAGCCAUACAGUCCAUCCAAGACACGCUGCAGGCCAUCGAUGCAAGGUUGAAGAGCGAACUGGAGCCAGAUCUCUACCGAAAGCUUCACGAUUUCCAGGAGCCUGAUGCCAAGAAGAUGCAGAUUCUCCACAAUUGGGCCAAGGGGGUGAGCGGCUUCACUGGGUUAGCGUUGGGGAUCCUAAUCAAGCUGGUGUCAUCGAAGGUGACGACCAGCGUCAUGAGCAAAAUGAUGACGCUCGUGGUCAAGGUCGGUUCCUCCAUUGUCGGCGCCAUAUUUGUUGGUGCACUCCUGGGUGUGGGUGUCGACUUGAUUUUCAGCGCGAUCCUGGGCGGCAUAGAGAGAGACCAACUGGAGACAGUGAUUCGGGAGCUUCAGCCGCUGGUGGACGAGUUCAAGCCAGCUUCCCAUGAGUAUUCCAAAACCAUCAUGAAGAUCACCUGCAUGCUGCCAUAGCCGGAGGAGAAUCAGCCGCUCAGACGACUCCAGACCAAGCUGCAAGUUACCAUUACUUGUAAAAAUAAGGCCGUGGGGAUCAGCUCCCAUCUAGCGUGACUUAGCCCAGCGCCAUUAAAGCCAGCACAAUAAAUGAUCUCUAGCUCUUA